AUGGCGUGUGCUGCUGUUGGGCUGGAGGAAACUCCUCGCUUUGUUGUUGACUUCACCCCUCGAACGCCCGGCUCCAUCGACGAGAAACAGACUGCGUCUGAGCUCCUCCGCCUGCUCUGCCUGAGCCCUCUGCUGAACGCGUCGCCAAAUCUCUGCGUCACGGAAACGACACCUGUUGCAUCAUCUCUCAUACUCGACCGAGUCCAGUACCAUAGCCGGCCUGUUUUCACUGCAUCUGCGACCCUUCCAGCGGCCUGCAUCCCCAAUAGGCAAUCACCUCACCUCAGGAUCUGUCACUCGCUGCUCGACCUCUGUCAGCCACCAGCCACACUCGACCUGUCAAUCGGUCCUUGUCACAGAGUAUGCAUCUUUCCGUUUGUUGCGUCUUCCUCUCCGCAUUCCUGCUUCAGGCCUGGCCGAGCGCCGCUGCUGUCAUUCCUCGCUUCUGUCACUUUGGACACAAUCAUAACACUUGCGCAGAAAACCAACACCAACACCAGCCAAGGAACGACAUCAUCACCGCCAAUUGAACACCUGCAGCACCCUCCGCACCACUACUGUGAGCUACUGACGGUCGGUACCACGGACCGACCGACCUCACCAACCCAUCUCGAUUAG